AUGACCUCUCCACAAAACAAGAUCGCUGAGCCGAUCUCCAAUGAUGAAGAUAUGAAUACCGACGAUUGGGCGGGACUGACUGACCCAGCCGAACGCCGGCGACGCCAAAACAGAAUUAACCAAAGGGCCUACCGUAAGCUCUCCGGCGCGUUCAAAAGGAAGCGUCAACGAAUGCAGAAAAAAGAAAAAGAAGUCCACAGAGAUGUUCACCCCAAGAGCGUGGUUCCAGCUAACAAAAACCCGCCAUCUCCCGCUGCGGGUGAAUUGGACCUGAGUCAAGAAAUGAGUGUCUUCGGCUGCAUGAGGCCCGAAUCACGGGAACUUCUCGAUAAAUUUGCCCAAGCAGCAUACCAAAGCUAUAUACUUGGCUCGCCUACAUCCGACCAUCUUCUCAUGCUGACCAAAGUCAAUGUCUUCCGUGCAUUCGGGCAUAAUAUGCGAUUAAUAGGCAGUGAUAUGAAUCACAUGGACGACAACGCAAUUUCAAUAUUCAAUAAAGCGUUACCUGCACCGCCAGAGGGUUUAUCUCCUGGCGAGAACAUCAACCUACCCGUCAGUCUUAGGCCAACUAAGCUGCAGAGCACGGUGCCUCAUCAUCCCUGGCUGGAUUUCUUUCCUAUUCCGAAAAUGCGAGAUAAUCUUAUUGAGGCCGGGGAUGAGUGGGACGAUGAGAAACUUUGUCUUGAUAUCAUGGGAUUUUGGACCAACGCGACUUCGCCAGAAGCAGGACUCUUGGUUUGGGGGGAUCCGUGGGAUGCUAGUAACUGGGAAAUUACGGAGGACUUCUUGAAGAGGUGGCAAUGGGUUGUGAGAGGUUGUCCGGAGUUGAUGAAUUCUACCAAUGCUUGGCGAGCAAAACGUGGCGAAAAGUUGAUCUUUCGAUACAUUUAG